AUGGUUCCAACCUUUUUACCUCUUUUAGAGGAUAUGGAUCCUCUACACAUGCAUCUUGUGUGUUUAUCUGUGAAGACUCUACAAAAGCUCAUGGAUUAUAGUAACUCGGUUGUUACCCUUUUCAGAGACUUGGGAGGGGUUGACCUUUUGACCAUCAGACUGCAGACAGAAGUGGAUAGAGUGAUUCGUUCGAGUCAUUCAGCUACAGGAGAUGAUGGUUCAAUGAGAAUCAGGGAGUGUUCUCACACAACAAACACUCAUCAGAGUGCAAAUGGCGUUUCUCUCCCUGCCACUCUUGUAAUGAUCUUUCAGAAUGUGGAUAAAUUUGGAGGCGAUAUAUAUUCUUCAACCGUGACUGUGAUGUGUGAACUGAUUCACAAAGAUCCCACUUGUUAUCCUGCAUUGGAUGAAGCCGCUAUUUGUAUCAAUGCCAAGGGACUAGAAGCAGUCAAAGAAACUUCGGCUUUGAGAUUCUUAGUUGAUGUUUUUACCCUCAAGAAAUAUGUCCUUCCGAUGAGUGAUGGUAUUGUGCCUUUGGCUAAUGCUUUUGAGGAGCUUAUGCGCCAUGUUACUUCCCUAAAACCAACCGGUGUAGAUUUGAUUAUUGAGAUUAUCAACAAAAUUUCUACAAUAGAGGACAGUAAAAGUAAAGGUAAAGGGCAAUUUGGGGAAGUCAAUGGGAGUGAUGUUAUGGAUGUGGACACCGAAGAGAAGGAAAAAGGAGUUAGUGAUGAGCAGUUCAUCCAAUUAUGUAUUUUUCACGUAAUGGUGUUGGUUCAUCGAACAAUGGAAAAUGCUGAAAAUUGUCGAUUGUUUGUAGAGUUAAAUGGGAUUGAAGCAUUGUUGAAGCUUCUGUUAAGACCAAGUAUAACUCAAUCAUCAGAAGGAAUGUCUAUAGCUUUACAUAGCACAAUGGUUUUCAAAAGUUUUACCCAACAUCACUCUGCUUCUUUAGCACGUGCUUUUUGUUCCUCGCUCUGGGAUUAUUUGAAGACAACUUUAGCAGGAUUUAAGGUUGUUUCAGGUUCUUUUCUGUUAGAUCCGGAAUCCACACCAGAUUCAAGAGUUUUUCCUUCCCUUUUUCUUGUUGAAUUCCUUCUGUCUCUAGCUGCCUCGAAGGACAAUAAAUGGGUUACCGCUUUACUCCAGGAAUUUGGGAAUGGUAGCAAAGAUGUUCUAGAAGAUAUCGGAAGAGUCCACCGUGAGAUUUUAUGGCAGAUUGUGUUGCUUGAAGAUGCUAAGAUUGAAAUCAAGGAUGAAAAUGUUGAUGGGGAAGAAUCACAGCCUUUAGAAACCGAUGAACAAAGAUUUAAUUCAUUUAGACAGUUUCUUGAUCCUUUAAUGAGAAGGCAAAUGUCGGGAUUGAGCUCUGAAUCCCAGUUCUUUGAUUUGAUUAAUAUGUAUCGCGAUCUCACUCAUUCUUCUGGAGCUGGUCAACGAUCACAUCCCACUAGUCAACGGUCACAUCCUGCUGGAUCUUCAGACAUGAUGAGGUCACUCUCUUCACACAUCACAAAUUUGUUUCAAGAGCUAGGAAAAGCUAUGUUGCUUCCUUCUAGAAGACGAGAUGAUACAGUGACAGUUACGCCUUCUUCAAAAUCAGUGGCUUCCAUGAUUGCUUCCAUCUCACUAGAUCAUUUGAAAUUCGAAGAUCAUGUGAAGUCAGUGGCAUCCAUGUCAGCAAAUUGUCGCUACCUUGGAAAAGUUGUGGAAUUUAUCGAUGGUGUUUUACUGGAUAAACCUGACUCGUGUAAUCCUAUUCCGUUAAACUGUCUGUAUGGUGUUGGGGUUGUUCAGUCAGUUUUGACCACAUUCAAAGCUACCACUGAACUUAUUUUUAGGACUCCAAUGGAAACUGAUGAGGGGGUCUUGAAGCAAACUGACACAGAAGAAACGGUUAAUGGUCUAUUAGCCAACUAUGGUAGACUUAUGGAUCACCUUGUGACAUCAGCUUUUAUUUUGUCUCCAUCUACAAAACAUCUGCUUACACAACCGCUUGUAAAUGGAGACAUUCUCUUCCCGAAAGAUCCCGAGGUUUUUGUGAAGGUUCUUCAAUCCAUGAUUCUGAAAGUUGUGCUUCCUCUGUGGACUCAUCCCCAAUUCACCGAUUGCAACGAUGAUUUUGUUUCUACAGUGAUUUCUGCUAUCCGCCAUGUAUUUUCUGGGGUUGAAGUGAAAAAUUCUGCAUCGCGUCCCUCUGUACCUCCAAAUGAAACAACUAUAUCCAUGAUAGUUGAGAUGGGGUUUCCAAGAUCACGAGCAGAAGAUGCUUUGAGACAAGUGGGGUCCAAUAGUGUAGAGCUGGCAACAGAAUGGCUUUUCUCACAUCCUGAAAUAGUACAAGAAGAUGAUGAACUUGCUAAAGCACUUGCUAUGUCUCUUGGUAAUUCUUCAUCUGUUGCAGUUGAUACCAAUCAGCAGCAGAUCGAAGAGGUCAAGAGGAAACUGUACAUUUACCUGCCGUUGAUGACUUGUUGUCUACUUGUAAAGCUUUGUAGUGGAAAUGAUGUGAUGUUGUUAUCCCUCUUUCAUGUUCUUGCUUUGCUUCUAAACAAGGAUGAAGACUUACGGGAAGUUGCUUCUAAAAGCAGUUUAGUUAAAGUUGCUUCGGAUCUUUUGUCAAACUGGAACUCUGGUAUACAUGAGAAUGAAACUUUGCAGGUUCCUAAAUGGGUGACAGCAGCCUUUCUUUGUGUUGAUCGCCUUGCUCAGGUGGAUGAAAAGAUGAACACUGAUAUUUCAGAGCUGUUAAAGAAAGAGGAUGUUGGUAAUGCAAUGGGUAUAGAGGAGCAAAAGAGACUUGUUGAGAUAUCUUGUGGCUAUUUGAAGAACCAACUUCCAUCUGAAACGAUUCAUGCUGUUUUGCAGCUAUGUUCCACGCUUACAAGAAGUCAUUCUGUUGCUGUUGGUUUCCUAAAUGUUGGUGGCUUGCCUUUGCUGCUAUCUUUGCCUUCAGGUAGUCUGUUUGUUGGCUUUGAUAACACUGCUGGAUCGAUCAUUCGCCAUAUUCUUGAAGACCCACAAACUCUCCAGCAAGCAAUGGAAUCUGAAAUAAAACAAAGUGUUGUUACAGCUGCCAGCCGACAGUCUAAUGGAAGACUUACACCCCGUAACUUCCUCAUGAAUCUGACAUCUGUCAUUUCAAGGGACCUUGUGGUUUUCAUGCAGGCUGCACAGUCUGUUUGCCAAAUUGAGAUGGUUGGUGAAAGACCAUAUGUUAUAUUGCUAAAAGACCGUGAUAAAGACAAGUCCAAAGAAAAAGAAAAAGAAAAGGAAAAGGAAAAAACUCCAGUGAAGAUCAAAAUUCAUCGUAAACCUCCUCAGAGUUUUGUGAAUGUAAUCGAGCUGCUUUUGGCUUCUGUUAUAACUUUUACACCUCCUGUAAAAGACGAUGACUCAUCAUUAACGGAUAUUGACAUUGAUGUUGCUUUGAACAAGGGGAAAGGGAAAGCCACAUCUGAAAAUAAUAGCCAGGAGUAUUUUGCAUCUAUGGCGAAAGCUGUAUUCAUUUUAAAGCUCCUAACAGAGAUUCUGUUGAUGUAUAGUCCAUCUGUUUAUGUUCUGCUUCGAAGAGAUAAUGAAGUUAGCAGUGCCCAAAAGGGUGGAGUAUUUCAUCAUAUUCUUCAUCAAUUUCUUCCUUACUUGAAAAAUAAUAAUAAUAAGGAGAAGAAGACAGAUGUUGACUGGAGGCAUAAACUUGCGGUCAAAGCUAGUCAAUUUUUAGUUGCCUCUUGUGUGCGUUCUAUAGAGGCAAGGAAGAGAAUCUUUGUGGAGAUUAAUAAUGUUUUUGUUGAUUUCCAUAAUUCUUCUGAGGUUCCUCAACCCCCAGGUCAGAAUAUUCAAGCUUUUGUUGAUUUGCUGAAUGAUGUGAUGGCUGCUCGCUCGCCUACAGGUUCUUCAAUUUCUGGGGAAGAUUCUGUUACUUUUAUUGAUGUUGGUCUGGUUAAGUCACUUACACAAACCCUAAAAGUCAUGGACUUGGAUCAUGUUGAUUUACUCAAAGUUGCUCCUGUGGUGGUUAAGGUUUUAGAAGUGGUUACAAAAGAACAUGUCAAUGCUGCUGAGGGUAAUUAUGGAAAAGGUGAUAAUGCAGCAAAACCUCCUGAUCAUACUGAACACGAGCAAACUGAAAAUGAAAAUAUUGCAAGUUCUGUCCCCACUGAACGCAUUGAGACUUAUCGUGGAUCUGAAGUUGUUACAGAUGACAUGGAACAUGAUCAGGAUAUUGAUGGAAGUUUUGCUCCCCCAAAUGAAGAUGAUUACAUGCAUGAAACUUCUGAGAAUAAUAUUCGGGCUCUUGAAAAUGGUUUUGAUUAUGUUGGAAUAAGAUUUGAAAUCCAAGAUGAUAAUCAAGAGAGUAACGAAGAUGACGAUGAAGAUAUGUUAGGGGAUGAAGGGGAUGAAGUUGAUGAUGAUGAUGAUGAUGAUGAUGAUGAUGAUGAAGAUGGAGAGGAAGAUGAAGAUGAAGAUGAAAACAAUGAAGAUGAAGAAGUCCAUCAUUUGCCACAUCUUGACACGGAUCAAGAUGAGCAUGAACAUGAAGUUGAUGAAGAUGAUUUUGAUGAGGACAUGAUCGAGGAGGAAGAAGAAGACGAAGAUGAUGAUGAUGAUGAUGAUGAAGACGAUGAUGAUGGUGGAGUGAUAUUAGGACUUGGUGAGGAAAUGAAUGUAUUGGACCAAAUUGAGGUAUUUGGAAGAGACCAUGGUCUUUCCAAUGAUGCCCUCCAAGUGAUGCCUGUUGAGGUUUUUGGUUCUAGACGUCAAGGGCGUACAACGUCCAUCUAUAAUCUUCUUAGGAGGACUGUUGGGCCCUCUCAGCAUCCACUCCUCUUGGAGCCUUCUUCAUCUCAUGAUGGGUUUGCUGACAGAAAUCCAGAGUCAACCUCAUCACGAUUGGAAUCGGUAUUCCGGUCGUUAAGGAAUGGGCGCCAUGGACAUUCACAUCGUCUAAGCAUGUGGGCUUAUAACCAGCAAAGUGGUGGAACAAAUUCAUCUGUUAUUCCCUCAGGCCUUGAAGAUUUAUUGGUUUCUCAAUUGAGUCCCCCAACUCCUGAAAAGCCACCGGAGGUCGAAACGAACGAACCUGAACGCACUACUGACAACAACGGUGUUGGUGAUUCCAUUCCUCCUGAAGAUACUGGUACUGAAAACAAUGAAUCUCAAAGAGACAUAUGUCCAUCUGUUGAAGGUGUGAGCCAGGAAAGAAGUGAAAGUGGAGCCACAUUAGGAGAAAGUCUUCAGAGUUUGAACGUUGAAAUUGGAAGUGAUGAUGGUGGUGAGAGGCAACCAAGAACAAAUGGGAAUAUGACAUCACUUGAUAGUGUAACUGAGGUUUCGGAAAACCCUAUUCAAAAAACAGAACAGCAAGGUGACGAUGCACGGAUUGACCCUGCGUUCCUGGAUGCGCUUCCUGAUGGGUUGCGUGCUGAGGUUCUUUCUGGUCGCCAGGGUCCAGUGGCACAACCCGUAAAUACUGAACCACAAAAUGGCAAUGGCAAUGACAAUGAAAUUGACCCUGAAUUCCUUACAGCACUCCCGCCAGACAUUCGGGCGGAAGUUUUAGCACAACAACAGGCACAAGGGGCACAACGGUCACACGGAUUGGAAGGUCAACCUGAGGAGAUGGAUACCGUAUCAAUAAUCGCUACUUUCCCUUCGGAAACACGGGAAGAGGUUCUUUUAACAUCGUCAGAAGCUGUUCUUUCCAAUCUUACACCUGCUCUUGUGGCGGAGGCAAACAUGUUGAGAGAGAGGUUUGUUGGUCGCUUCAACCGGACACUUUUUGGAAUGUACCCUAGAAGUAGGAGAGGCGAGCCUUCUAGAAGAGGUGAAGUAGCUGGAUCCAAUGGGGUUGCGACACGUAGGUCGACAGGAACCAAUAUACAAACCUCAGCUACAAAGACUGCUCCUGAAUUUAUGUGCUCAUGCUGA